AUGGCUGUCGACGGAGGUCUCGCGAGCCACUACCAGGUCCUCGAGGAACUCGGGCAGGGGAGCUUUGGUGUCGUCUACAAAGCUAUCGAACGAGCUACAGGCGAGACUGUUGCCAUCAAGCAUAUCGAUUUGGAAUCGAGCGAAGAUGACAUCCAAGAAAUCCAGCAGGAGAUCUCCGUCCUGAGUACUUGCGCGAGUCCUUUUGUGACACAGUACAAGGCUAGCUUUCUCAGGGGUCACAAACUAUGGAUCGUUAUGGAAUACCUCGGUGGAGGGUCAUGUCUUGACCUGCUUAAACCUGGAUUAUUCAGCGAAGGUCACAUAGCCAUUGUUUGCCGGGAGCUCCUCAGGGGUCUUGAGUAUCUCCAUGCAGAAGGGAAGAUUCACCGAGACAUCAAGGCAGCUAAUGUCCUCCUCUCAGACAAGGGCCACGUGAAGCUGGCAGACUUUGGUGUGGCCGCACAGCUCACAAAUAUCAAGUCGCAGCGCAACACCUUUGUCGGAACUCCUUUCUGGAUGGCUCCGGAAGUCAUUCAGCAGGCUGGGUACGACUUCAAGGCCGACAUCUGGUCACUUGGAAUCACUGCGAUUGAGCUGGCCAUGGGCGAACCGCCAAACUGUGAGCUUCACCCCAUGAAGGCCUUGUUCGAAAUCCCGAAGAAGCCUCCACCACGACUCGAAGGCAACUACAGCAAAGAGUUCAAGGACUUUGUCGCCCAGUGCCUGGUGAAGGACUCAGAUCGGCGUCCCACGGCCAAGGACCUCCUGAAGCACAAGUUCGUCAGAAACGCUGGCAAGACAGAAGCACUGCAGGAGCUCAUCCAGCGCCGUCAGUGCUUCGACGCCCAGAGCAACCGCAAAUCACAUCCUGUCUACUACCAGGAAACGUUGCAGUCAAUUUCCCCUAAGGACGCCUCCGAUGAGUGGGUCUUUGACACAGUCAAGUCGGUCCUACCAAAGAAGGCCACUGUCAGGUCUCGCAAGGUUUCGUCCAUUUUUGCUGCCGAGGAGGCCAUGCGCAGACUUGACGUGAAAGAUGGCCCGCUGCAACCCUCCUCUCCGGCUCCCGGAACUGUCAGGCGAGCCGCCAAGCGUCAACCAUCUGCCGUCCAGUACCCAUCUUACAACCACUCACCGACAGGGUCAGUCAUCAUACACAAAAGGCCUUUGCAGCCUGAUUUGUCUUUUGGGAACUCUGGGUCGACUAUGCGCUUGUUCCGGCGUGUGCCUUCGGACGGAUCCAUGCCAGAUGUGUCACCUCUCGAUACGAACUUUGACAGCUUUAAUGACGAAAACCGCCGUUCCAUCAUCCCCGUCACUCCGGUAGAGCCUUCGGGCAAGGAGGGCAUCCUCGGACGACGCCUGCAUUCCAAGGCUAUCGAGCCAACCCUGGAUGAGCUACACGCCCAGACCUCGACGUUGCAGAAACGGGAGGCUAUCGCGAAUCUCGCGGACGCACUGGGCCACCUCAACGCGGUCGAUCCCGAUGGCCUGUAUCUUUUCCUCCGAAACCUUAACUCCGCCGUAUCACAGGACACCAGGUUGAGCAACGCCUUCCUGCCUUCUAUCACCCCGCCAUCCAAGCCUGCCACCCGUGACGGCACGCCACAGGGUGCACCGCCUGUUGCGGCCGUCGCUCAACCAACUCCUCAGCCCAGCCCGACCAAGUUGGUGCUUAGCCAAGCCAAUCCUCAUCUCAAGAGCCACAGGCGGCGUCAAGGAAGCAAUGUGACUUCUGUGGACGGCGUUGGAUCGCCAACCAAAGUUCCCAGCGCACAGGAUAGAGAGCGGGCGCAUGAUCUGAAGAUGGCCACCCUACGCUCGAGACUUCCUGGCAAAGAGCUAGGCCCUGGCAUGGAGCACUAUAAGCAGCUGUCUGACGUUCUUUAUGGGCGUUGGGUUCAGGGUUUGGCUGUCAGGUUCCCGGCUUUCAGUGCUGCUGCCGAGCCUGAUCUCUAG